AUGGACCACGGCGCGAAGGAGAACCUGCGGCGCUACGGCUCCCCGCGCCCGCCAGACUACCCGCUGCGCAACGUCACGGCGCCCGUCGCCCUCUACGGCGUAAUUAAACUCUCAAAAGUUCUCCCCAACGUCGUGUCUCUGCACAUCAUCAAAGAGAAAUUCUUCAACCACAUGGACUUCUUCUACAGUACUAACAUGGAGAAAUUGCUCAUGAAUCACGUUCUGGACAUCAUGCAACGAUUUUAAAAAGCUGGAAACCACCGAAAACAGCUGAACUCUCAAUCUACGCGACAGCAUUAUUCCAAAAUAUAUUACCUACACAUUAUCCAAAGAGCUCAAUAGAGUACAGAGGUUUCCGUACGGAAAUAUGAAAAUUGCAGCUACACACGAGAUUAGGUAUUACCGAUCCUGCUCAUUAACCUACUGAUUGAUGGUUUCCAUAUUGUCAAACUGCUGGGAACGGUUAGCUGUAGGUAAACGUUUCCAGCAGUUUGACAAUAUUAUGAUGUAGCAAAAGGCAAGAAAUCCCCUUAACUUCAUCGAUUUCCAAAUUUUUUUGCUUCAUUUUAUUUUACAGAGACGUACAGAAACAACAAACUAGUCAAUCUCAUAAGUAGGGCUGUAAUUUAUAUGCAUUUGCAUUUUUUCUGUUAACUAAAACAUUCCGUUUCAAGAAAUUGUGUUAGUUUUGAGCCAUUUAGAAUCAAUUUAAACU